CCUCCCUUCUGUCCUGGAAGUGCGGCCUUGUGUUGGGAAGGGCUUCCCCCCGCGGAUGUGUGGGGCUUGGUAUAGUCUGCCUUGGCAUUUCAUUUUUGGAUGCACAUAUUUGUACAGAGCAACAUGGGUGGUCACAUAGAUUAAGCGGGAUCUUAUGAAAAAAUAAAUUUUGGUUAUCGGGUACAGCGAGAUGGGAGGCUACACACUGGACUGAAGCAGUCAUUUACCUUCCGAUCUGCAAACCAAUAGCAGCAGCUGAGACGUGUCAUCCAAAGAUUAAAUGAAAACCAGCAGCAAUAUUUGACCAGCAAGAUAAAGCCAUGGUGGAUUUUGGGAAAUGGCCAUUAUUUACUUUGCUUUCACAGCAAGCUGUCUCCUCCAUUCGUCAAGCAUGUAUUUUUGGCUCAUCAGGCAAUGAAGCCAUAUACACUACCCACAACAAUGAGGUGUUUGCAUUUGGGUUGAACUGUAGCAACUGUUUAGGAACUGGAGAGAAUCAAAGUACAAUAGUUCCAAAAAGGCUUGAACCUCUUUGUGGCAAGAAGAUUGUUAGUCUAAGUUAUGGAAGUGGCCCUCAUGUACUAGUCUGCACUGAAGAGGGAGAAGUUUACUCUUGGGGACAUAAUGGCUACAGCCAGCUGGGCAACGGCACUACAGUACAGGGAACAGCUCCAAUACUAGUCGGCAUGGAACUGUCAUCAAAAAAAGUUGCACACGUGGCUUGUGGUUCACAUCAUUCCAUGGUCUUGUCAUCUGAAGGAGAGGUUUUUGCUUGGGGCUAUAAUAACUGUGGACAAGUUGGCUCUGGUACAACUGCAAACCAAGUGUGUCCUCGUAAAGUGGCAAAUUCCUUACAGAAUAAAGUAGUGGUGAACAUCACAGCAGGGCAGACCAGCUCCUUGGCCAUAACAGACAACGGACAUGUUUAUGGAUGGGGAUACAAUGGUACUGGUCAACUAGGAGUAGGAAGUACUGGUAACCAACUAACCCCUUGCAGAAUGGUAUUAUUACAUCCAGUGUGUAUAAUUCAGGUUGUCUUUGGCUAUGCCCACACACUAGGACUGACUGAUCAGGGUUUGCUGUAUGCCUGGGGAGCAAACACACAUGGCCAGCUGGGAAUUGGCAAUAAGAGCAACCAACUUGCCCCUGUGAAAGUACCUACGAAUGAAAGGAUGGUGGAGAUUGCAGCUUGUCACUCUUCCCACACAUCUGCGACUAGGUCUCAGAGUGGACAAGUGUAUAUGUGGGGCCAGUGUCGAGGACAGCCUAUCCUUUCUCCACAUUUAACCCACUUCACAUGCACAGAUGAUGUGUUUGCUUGCUUUUCCAACCCUCCAGUAAUGUGGCGCAUGCUUUCUGUAGAGCAUGAAGAUUAUUUAACAGUUGCUGAGUCCCUGAAGAAGGAAUUUGACAGUGAGCAAACUGCGGACUUGAAAUUCAGAAUUGAAGGGAAAUACAUUCAUGUGCAUAAAGCCGUUCUGAAAAUAAGGUGUGAACAUUUUCGUACGAUGUUCCAAUCUUAUUGGAAUGAAAACUCCAAGGAAGUGAUAGAUGUUGACCAGUUUUCAUAUCCAGUAUACCAUGCUUUUCUAGAAUAUCUGUAUACAGACAGUGUGGAACUUCCCCCUGAAGAUGCUAUUGGGCUUUUGGAUCUUGCUACAUCUUAUUGUGAAAACAGAUUGAAGAGGCUAUGUCAGCAUAUUAUCAAGCGAGGCAUAACUGUGGAAAAUGCCUUCUUACUGCUUUCUGCAGCUGUCCGUUAUGAGGCAGAGGAUUUGGAAGAAUUUUGCUUCAAGUUCUGUGUCAAUCAUUUGACAGAUGUCACACAGACUGAAACGUUUUGGCAAAUGGAUGGAAUGCUUCUAAAGGAGUUUAUUUUAAAAGCUGGUAGAAGUGGAGGAUUUAAGAAUUGACCAAUGCUGUUCUAGAAGAAAACUGUGUAGGCACUUUUUUCUGUGGUUUGAAUUCACAUUAGUCAAACAGUUAAUCGUACAGAUUCAAGAUGGGGUAUUCAACCUGUAUCUAGUAAAUUUAGAUCACGGGCAUUUCUACUGUGCAGACUAAAUUUGUAUUUAGUGCUUGCUGAUAGAACUAAUAUAAUCUGUAUGAUUUACAAUUUUAUAUCUGCAUUAUGACUAUGAAACGUCAGAGGGCUUUUUUUGUACGCAAGUCAAAUGUAAAAAAAAAGUAUGUUAACAUUUUAUAGUAUCAUUUUGGUAUAACCACACACUCCUAGAGCACAAAAUGGUUCUUUGGAAGCUUUAAUCCUGCUAUAGUCAUCCCCAGAACAAUAUAUAAUUUUGUAUUUAAUAUUCUUGAAUAUUUGUUUGUUAACCUGGAAUAUUCCACUGCCUGAGUUAGAUUCUAAUUAAUAAGAGUACAGAAAUUUGUAUGGUUUAGUUUAAUUACUGCUUAACAUUUUACUUAGGGUUUUUAAAUGUACGAUCAAGCUUAUAUUUAAAAAGCCUAUUUAAAAUGUUUUAAACAUAAAUUGUAAACUGGUAAAUGUGCAAUAGGCUUGAAGUUUACUAAGAUAAGCACUUGCAAAUCUUAAAGGGAUACUGUACCCAAAUAUUUUCUUUCGGUAUUCAGAUUGAGCAUGAAAUUUUAAUCAACUUUCUAAUUUACUCCAAUUAUCAAAUUGUCUUCAUUCUCUUGGUAUCUUUAUUUGAAAUGCAAGAAUGUAAGUUUAAAUGCCGGCCCAUUUUUGGUGAACAACCUGGGUUGUCUUUGCUGAUUGGUGGAUAAAUUCAUCCACCAAUAAAAAAGUGCUGUCCAGAGUACUGAAACCAAAAAAAAGCUUAGAUGCCUUCUUUUUCAAAUAAUGAUAGCAAGAGAACGAAGAAAAAUUGAUAAUAGGAGUAAAUUAGUUGCUUAAAAUUACAUGCUCAAUCUAAAUCGCGAAAGAAAUAUUUUGGGUACAGUGUCCCUUUAAAUUAAUAAUGUAUUUACUUUAAUAUUUGGGUCAAAAGACUUUGGUUUUUUUUUCCUUUUUCUUGUUUGUCUGUGAUGGAACAUGACUUAUCCUUUUAAAGGGGCAUUAAACUAUUAAUUUAAACAAGGUAUUAAGGAAAAUGAAACCAUUUUGCAAUAUACAUUAGUUUGCCUGCUUUUGCUGUAAAAUAUCCUUGAAAAUUGUGACUGCUCCUUACUGACCAUAGCAAGAAAAAUCAGGAAUAUUAAUUCCAUCAGGUUUUUCAUGAGGUGCCUUCCCAAACUUAUGUACUGAACAUUUAGUAAAUUAAGAAAAAGAGAAUUUAAAUACUUUGCAAUUGAAUUCUUAACAGUAAUUUACUAGGCAUAUGACGUUUUAAAGGGCCAUAACUUGAAAAAUGACAUGCUCCUAUUUGUUAGAGCAUAUCAUUUUAAGACUAUUGACCCUACGCUACUGUGUGUGUGUGUUUAACCCCCUUGCAGCACUGCUGGUCCUGAGCAGAACCCACUGCUGAUCCAUUCAGCAGUGCUAGUUGUAUGUAAUAUUGUGUGUGACUGAUAUAUAUAUAUAUAUAUUUUCUCCAACAUAGGUGUGUCCGGUCCACGGCGUCAUCCUUACUUGUGGGAUAUUCUC